AUGUUACACUUACAAAAAAUUGUGCAAAAUAAAACGCAAAUUAGUGCUGGCGCAGCUGCAAGCAUGAUUACCAAAGAAAAUAGUGCAUUCACUUUAUUAGCAACAGCACAGAUUCAAGUGGAUUCUGCAAGUGGUGAAAAGGUUUUGUUAACAGCACUGCUGGAUCAAGGUUCACAGAGGACCUCAAUUUCAGAGGAAGCGACACAAAUAUUAAGGUUACACAGAACUAAAUCGAGAACAGAUCUGAUUGGACCAGGAAAUACAUUAGUAGAAACAUCAAAAUCAACUGUAGAAAUCGUGAUUCGUCCAAGAUUUGAAAGCAAUAAUAGUUACAAAAUUAAAGCGCAACCUAAUAAUUAUUUUAAAGAAGAUUUAAAAAAAUGGGACAAUUACUGUUUAGCUGAUCCUAUGUUCAAUAAAUCUGAUCGAAUAGAUGUAGUGCUUGGAGCAGAUAUCCUCGCCGAAAUAUUGCCACCGGGUUUGAGAAAAUGGGGUAAAAUCUUAGGUCAAGAAACUUCACUGGGUUGGAUAUUAUCUGGAGUAAUCAACACAAGCAGUACAGUCACAACUAUAAUAUCAGCAGUUACUGCAGACAUUGAGAAAUUUUGGGAAAUUGAAGAAGUGCGUGUAACACCUGAAAUAAAUGAAAUUGAUGAGGAAUGUGAAAAUUUGAGACUCAAGGAAAUGGCUAUGGCCAAACUUUUGUUUUUGGAAAAAAGAUUUAAAAGAAAUUCUAAACUAAAAACGCAGUAUGUCAAGUUCAUGAAGGAAUAUAUGAAUAUGGAUCACAUGGAGAAAGUUUCCAAAAUGAUGUUUGGUAAAUUUUAUAUGCCUCAUCAAGCUAUAAUCAGAGAUGACCAUUCAACAACAAAAGUUCGGGCAGUAUUUGAUGCUUCAGCAAAAACUAGUAACGGAAAAAGCUUGAAUGAAAUAUUACACACUGGACCUAAGCCACAACUGGAUAUAUUUCAACUACUAAUCAAAUGGAGAUUGUGGAAAUACGUUAUGACAGCUGAUAUAGAAAAAAUGUAUCGACAGGUGUUGGUACCAGAAGAAGAUUAG